CUUUGAGCGGUAGUAACUGUACCAAUAUUGCGAUGCUCUGUUAUAUUUAAAAAUUUCAUUUAAUUUGCAAUGUCGCGUGAUAUUUGCCAUGGUUUCCACUUGAACAAAUGACAUGAGUGCUUUGAAUAUCUGUUCACCGAUGGACAACGUGACCUUAUUGUUUUUGUUGCGUGCUUUAUGCUUAAAAAAUCACUCGAUCGAUCACUUGUUUCUCGAACGCAUAUAUAGUGGUUAGAGAUGACACGCGGCGGAAAAAGUGGGAUGUUAUAAAGCAUCGCGUGAGUGAUAUAUCCGUGAACCUAUUGAAAACAUCGCAAAGAUCCCAGCUAAGCCGUCGUAAAAAAUAAGAAGCAACGAUGAAGUAAUGUUGCGCUCGCUUGGUCACGGAAAGCAGUUGAGCUGAAGGACAUCUAGUGUUCGAAUACUAUGAAGUUGUACCGUAUCUUAAGCAUCACUGUCACGGCUGUUUUAUUCUUUGCAAGAAGCUCUUUUGGACAAAACCCAGGUAGGUGAUAGGCAGUUUAGUGAAAAAUUAGUAUGUAAAAAGGUAAUCGACUCUUCAUUAGGGUUAAUAUUGAAUGGAAUACUGUAUUCACUUCACGAACAAGCAACAUGGACAUUUUGGCUGCAUGCCGUACAGAUCUUAUGCUUAAAUAUUCUGAGUUAGGAGGAUGUCAAAUUUAAGAGUUUCACCUAAUUUUUCAUUCUAGAGCAAGUGAUAUUUGGAAAUGUGGAAAUAUUUAUUUUAAAACCGACAGACUUGUUGCGUGGCAUGAAGUGAUAUUACUUGCCCUCUACGAUCUGAAUUUUUAAGUCACUAUAAUCAAGACAAUCAAUUACCUGCCAAAUAAAUACUCGUAUUUUAGAAAAAGAAAAAAACACAAUUAUUGCAACAAUCUAAAACUGAAGUAGAAUAGAAACUUGUACUGAUCAACGAAUUGAAGAGUUUGAAGGAAGUAGCCCAGGAAGAGCGCUCAAGUGGAGUUUAGCUCUCUUAUCACUUUAAAAGCGUCGUGUUUAAAAUAAUUAUCCGCACUAAAUGAAAAAUAAAAGAAAAUAUCAUUUAAACUAGUCUUCCUAGUCUGGCAGACAAGCUUAAAUCUCCUUGAUAUUUGACCGCAUGAUUUCACGGUCAGUCAAAACGCUUAAGGUCUCAAAUUUUCGGUCUUUUUGACAGUGUGACAUAUACAAUGAUACUGCAUAUUUAUUGUAAGAGUUAUAAUGUACCUGCAUGGGGUGAACUCUUUUAUUUUAUAACUCUUACUGAGCGCGUGUUAUUCAUUCGAUUUCCCACGAUUCAUCGAAACAUCACACGAUCAAUUUUUCCUUUGAAGCAUCCUUUUUGAGAGUAAUAUUUAGUUACUUUCACUUUUUGUAGGUGACAUUAGGUCGCGAACUAAAUUUUGUAGAGUCUGAUUUCAAUGUUUGACGCUAUCUUUCAUAAAAAGCCACCUGUUAAUUUGAAUUUUAAAAUUUUUUAAGGUUUAAGUUCAUGAAUAGCACCUGACCGAGUUAUUAAGAGGUCAGUUCAAAGUAGACAGACUGCAAAUUAUAUUAGUUGCUAAAAUAUAUAUAUAUAUAUCUACGUGUAUGAUACAAAACUUCGGUAUCUUUGGUCAUCUUUACCCUUCAAUUACAGACUUUUUAUCUGUAGAAUUUACAAUUAGUUUUUUCUGUGUAUAAAGAUUUGAAAUCAAAGUAAGUAAAAUUUCAAAUUGAUCGCGUUUGUUACUCAUGUUUAAUUUUGGGGUUAUUUCGCAUAGAUCGGAGAGACCCCUUCUCUCUCUUUGUAAGCUCAUGUGUGUAAUUCCAGCUCUCUAACAAUGAAACUAGCGAGUUGCUCGGCUGCAAACCUUUGACGAAUUUAGACGAAUAAACGCUCAGUCUUUUAUUAUGUAGACCUCAUCAAUUAUUGUUUACCGACCGGCAGUAGAAAUAGACUACGAGUAGUCCCUCAUUUUUCCUCAGGGGGAGUAGAGCGAGCGAAACGCGAGCGCGCGUGAAAAUCACUCCACGCGAGAAAAGGCGACACGCGGCGGGUACUAUCCAUGAGGAAAAAUGGGGGACUACUCGUAGUCUACAGUAGAAAGUGUGGUAAAGAGAUAAGUAGGUUUUAGGCUCACAGCACCUUUUUUACUCAAGGCUUUCUUUGAUGGAAUCAACAUAGCCAACUUAGGUACUUUAGCACCCCAUAGAGUAGCGUGUUUACUUUCAGUGGCGCCCGAUUACAUUCAGGCCUUCUUUCCAAAGCAAGUAAAUUGGUUAUUAAAAUAAUUUUUCAUUCCAAAGCAGGUUUACCUGAGCUUACGGCGCUCUAUCCUCUAAAUAAACAGUAUGGUACUACAGACAUUAGUAAACGCAAUAAUCCCCGCGGAAAGGAGAGGUUCGUUGAACUUGCUCCAGGGAAUUACGGGCAACCCGCGGGAUCAUACCUUUUCUCCGGGACAUCGUCAAGUUUUAUAGAGCUGCCAAAUAAUGGCGGUCUGGAUGCUAGAUAUUCUAUGACUUUCGUUGCUUGGAUACGGCCUGAAGACUCUACUGGGCCGUUGCUUAGCUACAGGGUGAACAAUAAAGACGGCGUAAGAGUAUGGCUUGAGAGACCCAAUGUACUAGCAGCCUUGUUUGAGACUAGGAAUUUAAAUCUGCCUUAUUCGAUCAAAAGCAACAAAAUUCGACUUGAAUCGUGGAACUACGUGGCUGCAUCAUACGACAACUCUACUGGAACAAUGAAAUUAUGGAUUGACGGCCGAGAAGUGAACAGUUUUAACGUUGGUCUAAAUGAACUUGCUACGCAAGGAGAAGUGAGAAUUGGAGCUGUUCCAGGCGGAUCGGAUUUUUAUAAAGGACGAAUAGCGUGUGUACAGAUCUAUAACAAGUCUCUUUCCGAACAGGAGCUAAAAGCAGUGAGAGAUAGAUGUCUUGUUGAAGGUGAGUAACAUAUCUUUUUAUCCUCUAGAAGUGUGGCUGUUUUAGCCUGAGAAACUAGCCAACAUUUUGCGAUCCCACCUCUGGUUUAUCCGCGAAAUGACGUCUAAGGAGCAUGCGCAGAAAUUCCGCACCGAAAAAGUGCCCCUGUUUGGUUAAAAAUUUCCUUUAUCCCGUCAGAACCAAUGCCCAGAUCUGGGUAGUGACGCGUCAUUAGUAUGGAGUUACUGUGCUCGUUAAUCAAGUUUCAUUUCGCAAGGAAACCAUUGGCGACGUCGCGAGAUCGGUCGGUUGUUUCCUCAGGCUAGAGUCGCGAGUAAACGUCACCUGUACCAAUUUGGAUUCUUAUCUAGCUGCUAAAUCAGGACCAAAAUGAUACAAUUUUCAAAACCGAAACAGUGGAGACCCGAGCUAAAGAGAGGUAACAGACCUUUUGAACUGAGGCUGUAUGUGAACUGAAACCAUCCACAAAACCUUUCCGGAUUGUCGCGUGCACUUUUUCCGACAACCUUUCUUGAAAUUGCUGUAUAUGAAAACUAAGUAGAUGGCCAGGGCCCAGGGUAAUUAUGGGAAGUAGCCACGUAGCAGGGAAGGUGUUGGGUUGGAAGGGGACUGAACAAACAAACAAGGAAACAAAGCCUUCAAAGUAACCACUUUGUCAUUUUUUCGUACAUCCUCGAUGACCACCACCCUGUUCUUAGCUGACGGUAAAUUCUCAGUGUUUACUCUUCAUUAGUAAAACCUCUUAGGGCGUGUUGGAUUGACCUUAUUCCGGAAUAACACUAACUCUAGAAAUCACUUUAUUUGACAUUUAUUGCUAAUACAUUAGAAUAUCUUGUGGUCUCCUUGAAAUAAAUAUUCCAAUGUAUACAGAGGCCGUGAGAAUGGUCCAAAAAUCACGGCACCCAUACACUCACAAGAAAAUUAACAUUUCGUUUGAGUGUUUCCCAAAUCCUUGUGGUAAUUGAAUCCUCCUUCAAAAAUGUCUAGGACGCACUUGUUUCAACUCUGUCAAAAAUCCUAAGACGAUUCUUUUUUUCAUCUCCCCGCAGUGCCAUCACGACAUAUAGGCUGUUAUGCCGACAAAGCUGUCGCUGCAAUCCCUUCAUUAGAAGGCAAAGAUCCCUUGUUAGAUGGAGACCCCAAAACAAGAGAGGACGCUUUACAAAAAUGUGCGCGCGUCGCAUUUAAACUCGGCUACGUCUAUUUCGCGAUCAAAGAUGGCGGACAUUGCCUUUCGAGUCUUACUGCGCAAGACACUUACAACAAUUACGGGUUGUCUACAGACUGCCUGGAUGGAAAUGGCGGGAAAAUGGCAAGCGAUGUGUACGAGAUUAUAAUGUUCAGUAAGUGAGAGUUGUAUACACUUUAGAAGAAAUUUGAUUGGCUAUAAAACAAAAGAAAAAGAUUAUGCUCCUCAUUCGGUUUCAAGUAAGUUAAGAAACAGUCCCAAACCUCUCUCAUAUGUUAGUUAGUUUCUUAAUCUUCACAGUGAAGUUGAAGAUGAAACUUAUUAAAUUACUGAGCCUCUACGGUAGGGGUACCUGCGGACGUGGAUUUUGUCGCGCGUUUUCCUUGGUUUUCAGGCGAGAUCAAAACGUUUUUUGAGAAGUAAUGCUUCUAGCGAGCUAAGCGUACCAUAACGACGACGAAAACAAGAAAAUAAGGAAAGAAAAACUCUGAACGUGCAGUACACUUUUUGGCACAUUUCUUUACCACCUUUGCACGACUAACAUUGUCAAACUUCGUUGAAAUGGCAAUGCGAUCAUCGCCUUAAUCUGUAGGAUCGUCGCUUCAUCAAAGGCGGUCGUCGCAACUUCGAUUUCGUCGGAAAUACCCAUGCAUACAGAGGCUCAUUAUUCUUUUUGUUGACUGAGUAUGAGACCAAAAAUUUUUAAAACAGUGUAGUGACAAACUUAUUAUUGUUGCUGCGUUGUUUUUGUCUCUAAAGGCAGUCCUUUCUUAAUUCCCCCUUAAGUAAAAAAAAAAAACAAGACAGCGGGGGCAACGAGAAUGUCACCUUCCUCGUUUCACAGUUUUGACUCAGUAGCGAUAGUGAUUCCAACUCGUUCAAUUUGUGUCAAAUGUGUUUUUUUCCUUAAGCUGAAAUUUGAGUGACCGUGUACAAGUCCAUACGGAAAUAGGCUAAUUAUUGGUUGUACGUUCGCGACUUCUAUAAAACGUCUUGUCAUGACCUUUCAUGUUGUAGCUGCAUUAUAUACGAAAAAAAUGGACUCUAAAGUGCGAUGCACGUGCAGCUCUCGUGACUAGUGGUUCUCGUUACAGUUUCCGGCUCCAUGGGUGUUUCUCCAUAAUAUGCCUACAUCUCUACUGAAGCUAUUUCCACAAAUAGUCCAUUCUUAAGCUAAAAUGUUGUAGUUAGUUACAUAUACUUGACUACCAUUUUCUACUGUCUUUAAUCUAUUCACAGAGUAUCAAACUUGCUGGAAUGGAUGGUACUCAAAAGGAGACUCCUGUUUCAAGCUCUAUGACGACAAGAAAACCUGGGCUGACGCAGAAGCUGUUUGCAAAGAAGAGAGGGGCACUUUGGCGAAAUUAAACUCACAAGAUAAGAGUUACUUCGUGUUUCUGCAUUUGAUCAAACCAGCCAAUCCCAGCUCGGGCGUGUGGAUAGGGUUGUCUCGUGACAUGAAUAUGAAAUUCUAUUGGUCGGACGGUACUCCGGCGGAGCCGUAUACGAACUGGGCACAAAGAUCCCCGGAUACCAGCCCCGGAAACAAAAAGAACUGCUCUAAACUGGAUGUGUUUACCGGACUUUGGGAAGACGAGGAGUUUGAUUUCACUUUUUCGUUCGUUUGUGGAAGAGGUUGGUUUUAAAAAGGCUCAAAGCAACAAGCAUAAUCCGUUAAUCAUAUAAAAGAAAAUAUGAAUUUCAUAUAUUUAAACUGCGCGAUGAAGAAAUAGAUGCAGAAUGAAUAAUUGUCAGCAGAAAGUAGUCUGCCACGCUGAAAUGACUCCAUUUUGUAUUUUCCAUUGUAAAAUCUUCGUCUCUCUAUAUAUUUUAAUUCCCAAGAAAUCCUUUAACACAGAGAUAAAACUCUGUCUUUUCCCCUGAUCUUCUUUAUGUCAUUUGUCAGUUAGCACCAAUCCACGACAAGAAAGAAAAACUGAAGUUUUUAACACUAAAUAGCUCUCUUCUCUUACGUUAAAUGGCUCGAAAUAGCUUAAAGUAGAAUUGUUAAGUGAUAGCUAGUCGGGUACUCUUUUUAACAAUUGCAGUGAUUCCUGCCACACCUCGCGACGUACACGUCCAUCUCAUGGACAGUCACUCAGCCCUCGUCAUGUGGUCAACACGUGAACAGUCUCAGGGACAUGUGACGUCAUACUACAUAGAGUACAAAGUAAAAAAUUAUGACGAGGUGCAACUUAAGGUUGUACAGAACCAGAAUAUAACCAGUUUGACAGGUCUUCAGUCGCACGCCGUGUAUGAAGUCAGAGUCCGAGCCGUGAAUGGUGCUGGUGGAGGAGUGUGGAGUCAUUACGAGACAUUCUCAACUGGCGAAACUUGUAAGAAGAAAAUGAAACCGUUUUAUUUUUGAGUUAGAUUGCGAAAUAUCCCAAUAUUUGCGUUGGUCAAACUUUUGGUACUUCGCCCCUGAAGAAUGCCUGCGCGCGCAGACGUAUUUCUGACUAUCGCUCAUUCUCGUCCCCAGAGCCACUCGGCUUAAUUUGUAACCGACAUCCGGUAACGACUGCUUCCAGAGCCCCUCGUUUCCCGACCACGUGACCAAGAAACGACGGGCUCUGGGGACGAGAAUGACUGUCGCUUUGACUUUCGCAGGCUCACCUAAUUAGAAAGACACCGAAUGUUUUACAGUUUCUCUUGAAUGAAAUUUUGGUUUUGUUGAUUACAAAUUGUUUCUUUUUUUUCCCUCUGAAGUUAAAACGACUUCAAAUUGACAUUUUGGCUUUUAACUGGCAUUCUGGAGGGUUGUACCUAUAUCAUAGCGGCCAAAAAGACAACCGAGGAGUACUAGGAACGACUUUCCUGUUUGGUAGGUCUUGAUCCUACAUCAUACACCCUUUCCUCAGGGAAAUAAAAAAAAAGUCAGUAGUGCGAACCUUACGUAACCAUACCUUGAGAAAUUUCGUGAAGGCUCGUGGAGUCGUUUUAACCUCGGAGAAAUCCCGAAAAAGAAUAAACAAUUCGGAAAUUUUUUAAUAGUUUCCAAGAUAUGCUUUUUGUUAUUUCUUUAUACAGACCCUCCUCGUAUAAACCCAUUUGAGCCAAUCAGAGCUCUCGUGCCAGGAGAGGAUUUGAUACUCACCUGCACGGCCCGAGGAGGCCCGGAGCCCACAAUAACAUGGUACAAAGACCGGAAGUUGAUUCACAAAAACCGGACAUUGGUCAUUACAAAUCAGACGCCAGCUAUGGAGGGGCUGUACACCUGCAGAGCUAGUAAUGGUAUUCAGCCAGAUGAUAUUGCAUCUGUUACGGUGACUUCAUUGGGUAAGUAAGAUCUCUUUUCUCCCACUCGAAUACAGAAAUAUUUAAGUAUCAGCUGUUUUGCAUCCUGAGGAAGCUUUAAAAAAGCUAUCCUUGUCCCAGCGGCCGCUCUCUCUUUCGCGAAGAACCAUUUCAAGAAAAACCUCUGGGACCAGGGUAUAAUAAAGCGACCUGUAAUAGACCUUUCCAGUUUGUAUGUUUGUUUUCCCAUUUCAGACCACGUGAUGGUACCCCAUACACGUACAUAUGCACGCAUAAUUUAUGAAAGAAAAAAGGCAGAUUCCCAGGAGAACAUCACGUGGUCUGAAUUGAGAAAACAAAACUUACAAGCUAAAAAGAUCUAUUUUCAUGAAAAAAUUAAUAAGGUUAUCGAUCAACAGUCCAACGGAAACCUGAAUGACUUUCUGGUAAAGUUUGAAAACCGCCUGCUUUAUAAAGCAAGCUUUGCAUGUAAACAGUCUCUUUUAGAGUACUAGCUGGAAUAAAAAGGGAGCUGACGUUUUGCGAUCAGAUAUUCGUGCACGAACGAGGUUGCCUAAUAACUCUAAAUAUAAUUCUUUAAAGGGACAGGUUCACGGUUUAGCGCAUGCCCAUUAAUUAAAUUACUUCUUUUCAAUUUAUUAUUAAUUGUAAUGGUUAAUCACCUCUCUCACAUGUAUCUCAGCGAUCUCAGAGUGUAUUUCAAAGUAGAAUUGUAUUUCAGAGUCACCUGAAGUAGGAUGGAGGAGUACUAAAAUCGAUCGCAGAAAAAAAUUAGUGGAUUAUGCCAACACUACCAACGUUGAAUUUAUUGUUGACCCGAAGGUUUUAUUCCAUGGUUGAUUAAUUUACAGCUAUUUGCAUAUAUUUAAGUUGAUCAAGUGCAAGUGACUGCCAGGGGAGUGCGCAGAUUUGGUUCUUUGACAACAUUAUGACAUGAUCAUAUUGCUUGCAUAGACGAUACAGCAUGUCCCGGCAGAAAAACAGCAUUUUGAUAAAUGAGCAUGCCCUAAGCCGUGAACCUGUCCCUAAUUAAAAAAAAAUGCUAAUAUUACUUGAUUCUUUCCUAGCUACUCCCGUUCUAAAGCACGCGUGGGGGACUGCAUACGAAGGUGAGCUUUACCUCAAGCAAGGAGCACGAUUGUCCUUAAAAUGUGAAAUUGCAAACACAACAAUAGCGGAAAUCACGUGGUACAAGGGUGACGAUCCUUUACCUUCGCAGCAAAUUUAUUAUUAAUUGUAAUGGUUAAUCACCUCUCUCACAUGUAUCUCAGCGAUCUCAGAGUGUAUUUCAAAGUAGAAUUGUAUUUCAGAGUCACCUGAAGUAGGAUGGAGAAGUACUAAAAUCGAUCGCUGAAAAAAAUUAGUGGAUUAUGCCAACACUACCAACGUUGAAUUUAUUGUUGACCCGAAGGUUUUAUUCCAUGGUUGAUUAAUUUACAGCCAUUUGCAUAUAUUUAAGUUGAUCAAGUGCAAGUGACUGCCAGGGGAGUGCGCAGAUUGGUUCUUUGACAACAUUAUGACAUGAUCAUAUUACUUGCAUAGACGAUACAGCAUGUCCCGGCAGAAAAACAGCAUUUUGAUAAAUGAGCAUGCGCUAAGCCGUGAACCUGUCCCUAAUUAAAAAAAUGCUAAUAUUACUUGAUUCUUUCCUAGCUACUCCCGUUCUAAAGCACGCGUGGGGGACUGCAUACGAAGGCGAGCUUUACCUCAAGCAAGGAGCACGAUUGUCCUUAAAAUGUGAAAUUGCAAACACAACAAUAGCGGAAAUCACGUGGUACAAGGGUGACGAUCCUUUACCUUCGCAGCAGUACUCCUCCAAAAGCGCUAUUGAUAUUCAAAAAACCUCUGGUGAUGAUUUUGGUGUUUAUGAGUGCAAGGCCAAGAACUCCUUGGGUGUGGCCUCCAAGAAGAUAAAAGUGGUGAAUGGUGAGGAAGAUUUUAAAAGAACGCUACAUGACACUUAUAUGCUUAUUGGGGAGUUUACAGGUCUUCAUUUAAGUCUGCGAAAACAGCCGCGUUCCUCCUCGCUCCUCGCCGCUUAUAGGGACUUUUAGCUGUUAGCUGUUUCUCCUGGCGAGGAGCAAGGAGGAACGGCUGUUUUUGCCAGUUUGGUCUUCAUUUAUAAUAUUUCUGUGUAGAUCACAACAACCCAUAACCCAUACAUAAAUGAAAAACAAGGUGAAUUUCAGUUUCUAUAGUUGCUAGGUACCUUCACUUGUUCCUUCACCUGUUGGUUCACUUGUUAAUUAAAAACACUUAUCUAUUAAGUUAGCCCUGAUGUGUAGUAACCAUUAUGAGUAACUAUUUUUAUAGCCUGCGAACACGCUCACCGUUUUAUAUGGCGAGCGAAUUGAAGCGAGCCACGACUCGCGAGAGAAUUCGCGAGGGAACCCGCCCUUCGCACUCGCGUCUCCUUUCGCGUUCCACUCUCGCGUGACUUCUUGCGACUCCCUCAAAUGGAAAGCUAAUCUCGUACCCAGAUCUCACUAUGUCUUGACCGUGGGAGAUCUGGGUACGAGAUUAAUGGACAGCUUGCUCGCAGGCUACCAUGUUUAUAACUUGAUGCUUUAAGAACAGUUAUCCAUGUUUUCAUUUCUCAGUGCUGAGAUCCAAACUCCUUGCCUUUUCUCUUUUUCAAUUAGCUGAACAACUAACUCGCCUCAAUAUCGUCAUUGGUUGCCUAGCAUCACUGUUGUUUAUUCUAUUCGUGGCAUUUGCGAUCGUGGUGUGCCUGUUACACAAAGCGAGAAAGGCUGCAGCUUCAAAACCGGAAGUAGAGGAAGAAGACGAUCCUCUCCCCACCCUCUCUGGUCCAAGACCAAGUGAUCACGAUUUUAAAAUACCGGAAGUGCGGUCCACUGGUUCACCUAAAAUACCACCAACUGGGAAUAAGCCUUCAUACUCGCCUCUUAAUACAGUCGAUAGUCCAAAUGGCGGAACAAGCAUAACAAUUGAAACUACAAAGUUCUAGGAAAACAGUUGCGUUGCAGUUUGCUUUAUGUUCCAUUGCUAAGGGGCCAACCAUUUGACUUUUGAAGGGGGAAGGAGAGGUAUUGGUUAUUUGGUUUGUGUAAGAAAUUUAUUUCUUCCAAACCUCUUGUGAUAUAAUUUUUUCCC